UAUACAUGCAUAUAUAUAAACCCUAGUUCUCCUGCACUUGCGUUGCAUUGUCUCUUUUUCUCUUUUCUUUCUUUCAGCCCCUGAAUUCAAUGGAGGGCCCCAAGUUUCUCUGGGUAUUAUUAGGGUUGGUGUUUUACAGUCUGAUACUCAAGAAUGGCGUUGAAGUUGAAGCGUCCCACAAGGUUUAUAAGCAGUACCAGAAUGUUCCUGCUGUCGAGGUGAAGCAAAUUCACAGAACUGGCUUUCACUUUCAACCCAGAAAGCACUGGAUGAAUGAUCCAAAUGGGCCGAUGUAUUACAAUGGAUUCUACCAUCUAUUUUACCAGUACAAUCCUAAGGGCGCAGUAUGGGGCAACAUUGUCUGGGCUCAUUCAAUAUCCAUGGACCUGAUCAACUGGGCCUCACUGGAGCCCGCAAUCUACCCAUCAAAGCCCUUCGAUCAAUACGGGUGUUGGUCCGGGUCGGCCACAAUCUUACCCGGCAACAAGCCCAUCAUACUCUAUACUGGCGUCAUUGACGGGAAAAAGACCCAGGUCCAGAACUACGCGGUGCCUGCCAACUUGUCGGACCCGUACCUCAGGGAAUGGGUCAAGCCCGAUAACAACCCGCUGGUGCUGGCGGGCAUCGGCAUGAACGGGACCGCCUUUCGAGAUCCGACCACCGCGUGGCGGACCCAGGACGGGCACUGGCGGAUAGUGGUGGGUGGCAAGAGGAGGGAUAGAGGGGUGGCUUACUUGUAUCGGAGCAAGGAUUUCUUGAAAUGGACCCGGGCCCAUCACCCGCUACACACUUCGGCCCACACGGGAAUGUGGGAAUGCCCGGAUUUUUAUCCGGUAUCAAUGGAUAGUGAAAACGGGGUGGAUACCUCAGUGACAGAAGGAAACAUUAAGCACGUGUUAAAAGUGAGCCUGGAUGUUACGAGGUACGAGUACUACACUCUUGGAACGUAUGACUGUCAAAAAGACCAAUAUGUCCCUGACAAAACUUGCACUGAUGGUUGGACUGGGUUGAGAUACGACUAUGGAAAUUUUUAUGCUUCCAAGACAUUUUUUGAUCCCGGCAAGAAUAGAAGGAUCUUGUGGGGUUGGGCCAACGAGUCUGAUUCAGCAGAUGAGGAUACUCGUAAAGGGUGGGCUGGGAUUCAGGCGAUUCCGAGAAAGGUCUGGCUUGAUACGUGCGGGAAACAACUGAUGCAAUGGCCGAUUGAAGAAGUAGAGACUCUGAGAACGGGCCAAGUUCGCCUGAGGGAUCAGUUGAUCCAUACGGGGGAUGUUGUUGAGGUUAAAGGGAUCACAGCUGCACAGGCUGAUGUUGAAGUCAUGUUUUCAUUCUCGAGCUUGGAGAGGGCCGAGCCGUUUGACCCGAGCUGGGGUCAGAUGGAUGCCCAGCAGCUUUGCAGCCUCAAGGGCUCGACUGUGCGGGGUGGGGUUGGCCCAUUUGGGCUUCUAACGUUAGCUUCUCAGCACCUUGAAGAGUACACUCCUGUCUUCUUCAGAGUUUUCAAGGCCAAACACAAGCACGUGGUUCUCAUGUGCUCUGAUGCAUCCAGUUCCUCUUUGGAGAAAGGGCUGUACAAGCCAUCAUUUGCAGGUUUUGUGAACGUAGAUUUGACCGAUCGGAAGAAGCUGUCUCUCAGGACUUUGAUUGAUCAAUCGGUGGUGGAGAGCUUUGGGGCAGGAGGAAGAACGUGCAUUACGACAAGGGUUUACCCAACACUGGCAGUGAUGGACAAGGCGCAUCUCUAUGCAUUUAACAAUGGCACCCAGGCCGUUACUAUCGACUACUUGAAUGCUUGGAGCAUGGAUAAACCUGUAAUCAAUUAGCUAAAAGAAGGCAAACGCUUCUACUAGUAGUUAGCUAGGGUUUGUUUUUUGUUUUCAUUUUGGGAAACUUUCCAAGUUUCCUGUGUGGAACUAUAAGAACCACGAGAGGCAGAGUUGGUUCUUUGGCCCAAGUGACGGUUC